GUUUUGAUCAGUUACUAACUAGAGUGCAUUGAGUGAAGAAGUUCGACUGAUGUUCUUGUAACUUGAGUAUAAACAGGGGCGACAGUGAAAUGGCGUCCAGCCUAAACCUUGCCGAGCACAUGGAGGGAGUGGAAAAGGAGGGGAUAUUCGUCGUUGAAGACGGAAGGAGGAAUUCAACGGAGACAGCGAAUGGAAAUGAAACAAGUAAAAAAUGCUGGCCAGUUCGAUAUACUUUGGGACUGUUGCUGUUUUUCGGCCUUGCUGUCGAAUACUCGUUGCGCGUAAACCUGUCCAUCGCCAUCGUGGCCAUGGCAGGAACCACGGAGCUUCCUGACAACAGUAACUCGACUGCUGACAUAUGUCCAGUUGAAGGAAAUUCGACCGAUUCGGAGGAUAAAUAUACAGAAGGCGAGUUUGACUGGGACGAGAACACCCAGGGGCUCAUCCUAGGAGCGUUCUUCUACGGCUACACGUGCACCAACCUCUUGGACGGGCGGGCGGCAGAGUACCUGGGAGGGCGCCUGGUCUUCGGUCUCGGGGCGGUCGUCUCUUCGUGCAUAGCCCUCCUGUCCCCGCUCUGCGCCAGGACGUCCACCGGGUUCUUCGUGGCUUCUCGAGUCGCUAUGGGGAUCGCCCAGGGGGUGUCGUUGCCUGCAAUAAAUUCGAUCAUGGCGACGUGGUUUCCUCCUGAAGAAAAGGCAAAAAUCAAUCCCUUCAUAUACGGAGGCAUGCAGAUUGGCACCGUCAUUUCCCUGUCUGUGAGCGGCUGGUUAAUUUCCGUGGGGUUCCUUGGGGGUUGGCCUUCCGUUUUCUACGUCUUCGGGGCUCUGGGGAUAGUGUGGGGUAUUCCCUGGUUCCUCCUGACACACGAUAGGCCUGAGAAACAUCCUAGGAUUUCGCAGGCUGAACUGAGCUUCAUCCAAGGUCAUCAGGAAACCGUCAAGAAAGCAGAGAUAGUAUCGAUUUCCUGGAAAGAGAUCGUCACUUCCGGUCCAAUGUGGGCGUGUGUUUUCAUGAUGACUGGUGGUAGUUUUGGCUUCUACACCCUCUUAACGGAGCUGCCAACAUACCUUGCCAACAUCCAGCACUUCGAUAUGAAUAGUAGCGGUGUCCUCUCAGCCAUUCCUUACGUAAUGCUUUGGGUUUUCGGCAUCCUUUGGGGAUUCUUCAUGGACAGGCUCUUCUCUGCGGGUGUCCUGUCGAUCAGGACGAUCAGAAGGCUCUCCACUGCAGUCGCUCACUACGUACCAGCCGUCGCUCUGAUUGCAAUGUGCUUCGUUAACUGCAACUCUACGAUUGCAAUGGCAAUGUUGUGCAUGGCUUUAGGAUUCAAUGGCGCUUCCUACAGCGGAAACUCUCUCUCAGAACAGGACAUCGCCCCCAACCUGGCGGGGACGCUGCUGGGAAUCACCAACACCUUUGGCUCGGCCACGGGGUUCCUUGCUCCGUUGACUGUGGGGGCCAUCACCAGCGGCAAUCAAGGGUCACUGGCCGCCUGGAGAUUAGUGUUCAUUAUCACAGCCAUCAUCUACGUGGUCACAUGUACGCUGUACCUUUUGCUCAUGUCAGCCGAAGUCCAGCCUUGGAACGAGCCUAAAAGGGACCAGAAAAGGCGGGUGGGGCCCUCCGCAAGUUACGGGUCGAACCAAACACGAUGGUGAACAAGUCUUCAUCAUAACUUCUUGAAAAGGUUACUCAUCCUGAACAGAGGUUUACUGAAGCACGAGGAAGGAAAAUGAAUAGAUGGACAAGUAGUCUGCGUCGGUUUGUCAGGAUUUAUAAGCAAGAAAUGGUAGAUAGUUGUGUUGAUAAAUAAAUUGAAAAAUAGAUAAUGCUGUGAAAUGUAGAUACAUAUUUUAAUAUGUACAUAUACAUAUAAGUAUUGACAAUCCACUUGCAUUUUUUUUAUAUUAGUAUUUAUGUGAAACUUCCAAGACUAUGGAGCAAUCUCCUUACUUACGAAUAACAAACUACAAAUCCUAGAUUUCUAGAUUUCUUGAGUAGCAACACAUAGAAAUCAUGCCAUGUGUUAGGUGAUAAUAUAAAACACUCUACAAGUGAUAAGGUAAUCUUAAGUGUAUUUUUUAUAUACAUGAUCAGAAGCACCCUAGUUCAUUCCAUUAUCACAAGACUAUCAAUAACUUAUAUAUCUUGUAAUCAUUUGCAUAAUGUGUGAUUAAGUGAUAUGUCAUAGUCAUAAUCAUUCAGUAUUUACCAUCUCAUGCAGCCCCAGCAUGAGAUGGUAUAUGGAUAAACCGAAAUAGAAUGUUCCUUUGUGAAUUUUGAAUAAAAGUUAAAUCAAAG